AUGGCUCCCAAGGAUACCAAGAAAGCCACCAAGGCCAGCUCCAAGGCUGGUGCUGCCUCCAAGGCCGUCCUCAAGGGGGCUCACUCGCACAAAGUCCGCAAGGUCAGAACAUCAGCUACCUUCCACCGACCAAAGACUCUGCAGCUGUCUCGAUCGCCCAAGUACCCCCGAAAGUCCAUCCCUCAUGUCCCCCGUAUGGACCACCACCAGGUCAUUGUGCACCCACUCAACACCGAGUCCGCCAUGAAGAAGAUUGAGGAGAACAACACCCUGGUCUUCAUCGCCGACGUCAAGGCCAACAAGCGCCAGAUCAAGCUUGCCCUCAAGAAGCUCUACGACAUAGAAACCGUCAAGCUCAACACUCUCAUCCGACCGGACGGAUCCAAGAAGGUCUUUGCCCGGCUAACGCCAGACAUCGAUGCGCUCGACAUUGCCGCCACCAAGCUCGGAAUCGUUUAA